CUCAUAGAUAUCCCAAAUUAAUGCUAUUUUCUUGCGAUUCACUCUUCGAAUAUUAAUAAUCUAGUUUUUGGAAGCUUCAAAUCUUCCACAAAGGAUUGACAUUUCUUCGUUUCUUGUUACCUAGAUGUUCAUAGUUUCCCAUUUAAGUGAGCAAUGGAGAAUUGGGAGGCGCGCAGUAAAGUUUGGGAAGGGAGUAUUCCAAUUCAACUGCAUCUGCAUCACUCACAAGUUACCACGCUUCCUCCUCCGCCACCUCUCAUGGUAUUGGGUCCACGGAAUGGAUACUUGCCUCUGCUUGUACCACUUAUAAAACCCCAUUUUCAGAGUUCUUUGCCUCCUGGGACAGAUACUGUGUGGUUUGACUACAAAGGGUUACCUUUGAAAUGGUACAUACCAACAGGAGUCUUGUUCGAUCUCCUUUGUGCAGAACCUGAAAGGCCUUGGAAUAUAACGGUUCAUUUUAGAGGGUAUCCAUCUGAUAUAUUAAGCCCUUGUGAGGGGGAAGACAAUCUCAAGUGGAACUUCAUUAAUUCUCUAAAAGAGGCAUCCUACAUAAUAAAUGGAAGUAUAAAGAAUGUCAUGAACAUGCCACAGUCAGAACAGAUGGAGCUAUGGCGAUGCGUUGUCAAAGGUGACUUAGAAGGGUAUUGCCGAGCUUCUGCACGACUUAGACCAGGGGGUAUUGCUGAGGAUGCUACUCGUAAAGCAGUAUCACAUCGACAGAACCAUAAUGAAAAUGAUACCUUUGGAACAAGUACAACUGGCAGGAUUCCAGUUCAUUUGUACUUACGAGAUCUAAGGAAAGAGGUUGAGGAUUUUGCUGAUGCAUUGCCUGUGGAAAGUUGGGAUGAGAUAAACUACAUCAAUAGACCUGUAGAAAUUCCAAAAGAUGAUGGGUCAAAGUUCACGCUGGGUAGUGCCUUGGCAAGUUUGCUCCCUGAACUCUUUCCAAAUUAUCUUUUAGGUGAAGAGAGCAAGGGAUUGGCUGAUUCAUGUAGGCAGCUCACAAAUUCAGACUUAGAGGUUAUGACAAAAAGUGGUGGCAUUGUUACUUCACAAGUUGGAAGCGGCAGUAAUAAUGCUUUGCCUUCAUCAGAUUCGUUUGACUCAGAAACAGGGCCUGUAAUAAUAAAUCUGCAAACUACAAAGGACUCAAAACAAGUUGCAGAAUUACAAAAGGCUUCCUCAAGAUGGAAUGUUAAGAUUAUCAGAGUGCAGGGAAUUGAAUUACCAGAUCUUGAUUUGCCAUUUAAUUGGGUUGCUCAAAAUUUAGUCGCACCUGAGCAUUUUCUUCAUAUCUGCAUAUACACAUUGAAAGUUGGAAAUGAAGAGAAAAGCCACUAACAAAUUUCUUUCCUAAACCCCCCAUAAUUACUUACCAGAACCAAUCGUGGAGUUACGGCCUGAUUUCUAUCUACAUUUAUUGACCUUUAUAAGAUGAAUGCAAACAGAAGACACCAUUUUCUUCAGAUAAUUCUGUCAGUUUCAGUAAUGUCAAUGUUAACAGCUACAGUGAACUAAGGCUUUCUUGGUCCUGUGAUCACAUAGCUUUCAAAAUCUAGAUUUUUAUUUGAAAAUGUAAUCAGUUUUAGCUGUGUUGACUUUGCUGCUCAAGCCAUUUGGGCUGUCUUAUAAUUUGCCCGAGGCAACUUUCGAAAUCCUGUGUUAUGUAUUACUUUAGGAGACAGUCCCAAAAGAUUCAUGUAAUCUCCUCUUAUCAAUAAAGAGUUGUUAUCAGCUAUUUCAGUUUUAA